AUCCACAAUAUUCUCUCGUUGUAAUCAAAAACAUAAACAAAUUCCAGAGAAAUACACAUUUUCAUUUAAGAGAAAAUUCGGAAAAUCUUUCCAUCAAUCUAUUUUCUCCUCAAGCAGAACCGAACAUAAUAGGUUCCUUAGAGAAUAGACUCUAAUUUUCCAACAGUCUCCGGCCAAUAGAUCUCCGAAGAAGAUCUCAAAAACUAAAACUGCUGUUCUGUGCGUGCAUUUUCGGUAUUUUAAAAUUGAAAGUGUCUAUAUAUUUUAUAUUUUUGCGAUUUUGUUUUUUGAAAAACCAAAAUUACCAAUAAAACUUUUGUUCAAUUUAAACUUUAAGUGCGGAAGCACGAACAAAAAUAAUUACCUUCAAUGAUGUGAUAUACAAUUGAUUCUAAUUAAAAUGCAGUGUGAGACGUUAUGAUUUAUUUUGAAAGAAAAUAAAUAAAAGUAUUUUUAAACUCGUGGUGUUUUGAAGCACGAGGUGGAGGUGGUUUUGUGUCGGUAAAUCGAAAUUAAUCUAAACAAACAUCAAUAAAUAAUGUCUGGACGUCGGGGACAUUCACUUCCGCCACAAAUUAUGGAAAAACCAUCUCGAGGACGGUGUGUUACUGCCAUUUGCAUAUCAUGGAAAGUCCUAACGUGUAUUGUUUCGCAUGUGACACUUAUUUCACUUGUGGUGGCAUAUUGCUUGGGAGGAGCAUAUCUGUUCUCAUUUUUGGAACAACCACAUGAAACUAAGGUAAAAAAGGGAAUUAAAGAUAUGCGUUUGAAUAUUACUGAUUCCAUAUGGAAAAUGACUGAGGCUGAAAAUUAUCUCGAAGAAGAUGUUUGGACAAAUAAAGUUAAAGAACAAUUGGCAACAUUAGAAAAACAAAUCCUAACAGCUAUGAAAACACACGGUUGGGAUGGAAAUGAAGAUCUCGAACAAUCACAAUGGACAUUUGCUGGAGCGUUAUUUUAUUCGAUUAUUGUUAUAACAACAAUUGGCUACGGACAUAUUUCUCCUCGAACCGAAUGGGGAAAAGUCUGCACGAUAUUUUACGCAAUUGUUGGAAUACCACUGAUGUUGCUUUGCCUAUCGAAUAUUGGUGAUGUUAUGGCAACAUCAUUUCGGUUUACUUACUGGCGAGUAUGUUGUUAUGUUUGUAGUCGAGAGCCUAGACGCAAUCGAAGAUCACGUGGCCGAUCACGCGGAGCAAGCUCAAACCACAGAUAUUCAUCACGUUCACAACCGCCACCUUUUCGGAGAUCUAUGAAAAUAUCUCCUCGUUCAGCUGACUCAGGCUUUGGGAACUACGAACCAGGUCUUUCACAUGCUUAUUCUGAUCCUGAGCUUCGAACUAUUGGGAAAAUGGACAGAGAACGUGAUUUCUAUCGAGGUGGAUCACAUCAGCCACACAGUAUGCAUCACCACCACCAUCAACACCAGCACCAUCAUCCUGGUCGAGGACCACCACCUCGGGAUAAUCGUUCAAGUCGUCAGACAGUUUACGAAGAAGAAGAAUAUGAUCAGCGAGGAUCGAUAAAUAGAAACUCGCGCUUUAGUAAUCGACAAAGAAACCGAGAUCGUAUGCGUGAUCGGCAUACCGUAGAACGUGAACGAAAUAUUGGAAGAUCAAGGCAACAUUUCGAUUUCACUGAAGACUUUGAACUUCCGUCGCAUAAACGAGCUCAGAGUGUCCGAUCGAUGCGAACUCCCAACAAUAACCCGCGUGAGAUGAACCGAAACUACUCACAGACUCUUCCUACCAACACCCGAGGACGUUCAAUGCCAAAUGCUCCUAAGCUUCGAGCUAAAUCAGUAGAUCCUAGAUCAUCAGCUCAUUAUGAAGAUGUUGAUGAAGAAGUUGUCCGAAAGACUCCAAUCCUUUGUAAUCGAUAUGCAAUCGAUGAACUCGAUCGAAGGCUAUCGAACGAUCAUAGGCAUCAUAAGAAUUCUCCUCGUUCACAAUCAAUGCCUCGACACCCAAAGACCAGUAUGGAUCAACCGUCAAUGCAUGCUCCUGGAACCCCACACAGUCAGAGACGUGGUAGUCUGAACGCACCAAUACCACCAAGAUAUGGCAAUCGAUUAGAACUGCCAGAACCUACGCAAAGGAACCAUCACAAUAAACACCAACAGCGUCGACCAUCACGUUAUGAAGACUUUGAAGAAGACUUUGAAGAUUUUGAUGGUUCGUAUGAUGACCUGCCAACACAUGUGCCAUCACGUGAACGAGAUCGAAGACCACGUCGUGAAAGACAAGAACCUUUACCACCUUCGCCAAGAAUUAUGUCACCAAUGGGCUUUGCAAUUCAUCGACAGACUAGAGCCAGACCAAUUUACGAUGAUGAUGAUUCAUAUUAUGAAGAGGAAUGGGAUAGUUAUGGCGAUAUCUCACCGAAAGACCGUCCCGUUCCUAUAUGGCUGUGUGUAUUUCUUGUCAUCAGUUAUAUCAUAGCUGGAGCUUUUCUCUUCCAUCAGUGGGAGGGAUGGACUUUUCUUGAUUCGGCAUAUUUUUGCUUUAUUACCUUGACAACUAUAGGUUUCGGAGAUUAUGUGCCAGCCAGGGGAGUUAAGGAAAACUCCCAAGAAUCAAUUGCUCUUUGUUCAUUGUAUUUACUCUUUGGAAUAGCUCUAUUAGCUAUGAGCUUUAAUUUAGUACAAGAAGAGUUUAUAGCAAAUGUUAAAGAAGUUGCAAGAAGACUCGGUAUAUUGAAGGAGGAAGAAGAUGAUGAUGACUAAUCAUUUGUAUUUCUUUGUUAAAAAAAAAUGAUUCUCCUAUCCAUUCCGAGAUUAUGAUGUACAAGGGUUUGAGAAAAACGAUAUAAUGACGAUUGAAAAAUACAUGAAAAUUUAUUUAAA